AUGUCUGCAACACAACUUCUUAAUCCAAAAGCUGAAUCCCGUCGGCGUGGUGAGGCACUUCGAGUCAACAUAUCAGCUGGUGAAGGUCUCCAGGAUGUGCUCAAGUCGAAUCUAGGUCCAUCAGGCACGAUCAAGAUGCUUGUUGAUGGCGCAGGCGCAAUUAAAUUGACCAAGGAUGGAGCAGUUCUCCUGAAAGAGAUGCAGAUACAAAAUCCGACAGCUGUUAUGAUCGCUCGGGCAGCGACAGCGCAGGACGAUAUCUGUGGGGACGGUACAACCAGCGUGGUGCUCAUGGUAGGAGAGUUAUUGAAGCAGGCAGACAGAUACAUCUCAGAAGGCCUACACCCGAGGAUAGUAACGGACGGAUACGAGAUCGCAAAGACUGAAACAUUAAAAUUCCUGGACACAUUCAAGAUCACAAGAGAUGUCGAUCGAGAACUGCUACUGUCUGUAGCCCGAACGAGUUUGUCCACGAAAAUCAACCCUGCCCUAGCCGAGUCUCUCACUGCCUCUAUCGUUGACGCUGUACUCGCAAUCAAUCGACCCAACGAGAAACCCGACCUACACAUGAUCGAGAUCAUGAAGAUGCAGCACAGAACCGCAGCAGACACACAGUUAAUCCGUGGUCUGGCUUUGGAUCAUGGUGCUCGACAUCCAGACAUGCCCAAGCGUGUAGAAAAUGCGUAUAUCCUCACCCUUAAUGUCAGUCUAGAAUAUGAGAAGAGCGAAAUAAACAGCGGAUUCUACUACAGCAGCGCCGAGCAAAGAGACAAACUCGUUGCUAGCGAACGCAGAUUCGUUGAUGAGAAGCUGCGCAAGAUCGUCGAGCUCAAGAACGAAGUCUGCGGCUCAGACCCAAAGAAAUUCUUCGUCGUAAUCAAUCAAAAAGGCAUCGACCCUCUCUCCCUCGACGUCCUCGUCAAGAACGGCAUCCUCGCACUACGACGAGCCAAGAGAAGAAACAUGGAACGACUACAACUCGUCUGCGGCGGCCAAGCACAGAAUAGCGUCGAAGAUCUAGAUCCAAGCGUCCUUGGCUGGGCCGGCCUCGUAUACGAACAAACCCUCGGCGAGGAGAAAUACACCUUCGUCGAAGAAGUCAAAGACCCCAAGUCCGUCACCCUCCUCAUCAAAGGCCCAAACCAACACACCAUAACACAAGUCUCCGAUGCCGUACGCGACGGUCUAAGAUCAGUCUACAAUACCAUCGUCGACAACUGCGUCAUCCCAGGCGCUGGCUCCUUCCAACUCGCAGCAGCAAACCACCUCUCCUCGGACGCCUUCCGAAAGACUCUCAAAGGCAAAACCAAGUAUGGAGUGGCCGCAUUCGCUGAUGCUCUGCUAGUAAUACCGAAACAACUCGCUGCAAAUUCUGGCCACGAUAUACAGGAAUCCCUAGCCAAGUUACAAGACGAAUUCGCAGACUCGGAAGGACAGCCUGUGGGUCUGGACUUGAAGACCGGAGAGCCGAUGGACCCUGUACAAGAAGGCGUGUUUGAUUCGUAUAGAGUGCUAAGGAAUUGUAUAGCGUCGAGUCAGGGUAUUGCGAGCAAUCUGUUGCUUUGUGAUGAGUUGCUCAAGGCAAGACAGAUGGGCAGACAGGGCGCGCCCGGCGGAGGUGGUGAGGAGUAG